CCGGAUCUCAAAUUGACGAUUUGUUUGUUAAUAAAAACAUGUAUAUUAAAAAAAAUAGUUGAAAUGGGUAAAUACAGAGUGGUUCGGGCUAUAUUUAUUCGUUUAGUGUUUGUGGUUCAUUCGCUAUUAGCAAUCGCACAAUUAGUUUAUAUGAAAAAUGACAGGAGGUGGUGGUACUUAUGUUGUCCAUUAUUUUUUAUGAUAUUAGAAACUGUUGUAACAAUGACACUCAGAAAGAAUCUCGAAUGGUCAUGGUUUUGCCCCUCGGUAUUUUUGUAUUUGGCGAGUGUUGUUCCAGCAAUAUGGCUAUUAGAACUGGACAAAGUAGAAAGGCGAAUGAAAGCAUUGGAAGAGUUACCGAUGAAUCUAACAACAGGAGCUCAACUCACGGACAUAAGUAAUCUCAUAGGAAUCGGGGUAGACAUAAAACUUCCCGACAUUUCUUUAAGCACGGAAACGUGGAUAACUCUAAUUGAGCAAUUUCUAAUGUUAAUACUCAUAAUUGGUAGAUGGAUGUUGCCAAAAGGUGAUCUCACUAGGGAUCAACUAAGCCAGCUCUUACUAGUCUAUAUUGGAACGGCUGCUGAUAUUCUCGAAUUCUUUGAUUCAUUUAAAGAUGACAAAAUAGCUUCUGAACCAGUAUUAGUACUACUUACAUUAGCUAUCUGGUCAUGGAGCUUAAUGCAAUUUACUGUAGUUUUAACAGCUACUAAAGCUAGAAAAUCUAGACUUGCUACAACUUCAUCUACGAUUCAAAAAUCAGACAACUGUUGUACAAUAGACGUCUGCAGUAUUUUACUUAAUAUAACACUACAAGACGCCCCUUACCUUGCGUUCAGACUACUUCUCAUCUGUCAUUACAAAAUUAUCACAUAUAUGAACAUUUUCUUCACCUGCAAAAAUACUUUGGUAAUUCUUCUGCAAAUUUAUCGUCUUUACGUUGUUUAUACAGAAAACAAUAAAGAAAAGCCAGAUGACGUAGAACUAGCUUCGACGGUUUCCAUUAUUUCUAACUUAUCCAGAAGUGAUUUAACUUUUGAACCAAAAAGGAGACGAAGACCUCCUCGUUCUCAACAAGCUAGUAUAAGAAGUCAAAGCACGGUUAAGAGUCAUAAAAGUAGGAGCAGUAAAAAGAGUAUUGAUACAGGAGAUUCAAGUGAUAGUGAUGGAAGUAGGAUCAGUAGUACCAGAAGAGAAAGGAAGUCGAAUACCAGGAAGGACACGGGAUACUCGACUGCUAGCUCUCAAACGAGCACUCGGAAUAGCGGCCAUUUACCUCCUUCAAAACCAACAUUAGAUAACGUGGAUAGAGAGACGAGAAGAAUGAUGAAACAAAAACUUAAACGAUCCGACAGGGAUACUAGAGGUAGAAGAAAAUUGGAAGACGUCUUUUCCGAAGAAAGCGACGCGGCUAAUUUAGAAGAACCGACUUUAAAGAAAAAUAAACCAAAAAAAAACCAAAGUAGAGAAUCGAAAAACGAUAAAAAUUCCACAUUUACUACGAGCGAUCAAUCGUCCGACUGACGUCAUCAAUUAGCCAUAAUGGCUAUAUUUUGCCUAUAUUUAUUUAUUUUUAUAUGCUGCCUAUUUGUUAUAUAUUGUGGAAUUAAUUCGGAGGGUCUUGUAAUUGCCAGAGUAAACAGAAAAAAUAGAACCAAGGUAUGAAUCGUACGAAUACGACAAAGAUUUUUGGUGUUAUUCGUUUUGUAGAUUUCUACAAUAGAUCAAAGUGAAUGUACUAGAAUUGUGGAUGAAUUAAUCAACAGCUAGAUGAACAAUAGUAUAAGGUGGGCUAAAACUAAUCAUCCAAUAUUAGUUUGCUGUAAUUCUUUAAUGGAAACUUUAGCUUGCGAAAUUUGAUUAUUUAGAUAAUUCACUUACAAUUUAUUAGAAAAUGAUAUAAGCCGCUGCUAGAAUUUAUGACACUUUCCAGUAUUCUGGCGACGUAUUCUUGAAUCUGACGCGAACCCGACACUUCAACAAAAAGAAGUCUGCAACAUUUAAAUCGAGAGCGACUCUUCAAAAUAUCAAUCGUGGUCGUUGCACCAUCCUGUUGAAACUAUGUAUUCUAGUUCUGGUUGAACAAGAAAAAAUGUGGGAAUCAUGACUGUGUUUUUUUCUUUGGUAGCAGCAUCAGGAGCAAAUUUUUAUGGUGGUAAAAAGAAACAUGUCAGUCGAGGGCUAUGUUGAACAUUCCAGCGUUUAUAGAAAUACCAUUGCGGAUAAUAUUAUACCAACAUCUAACAACUUAGCAGAUUUUGGACGGGCUGCGAAGCUUCCUAACUACGUAAAGCAUUAAUGUGUUUUAGUUGUACGAAUAUUAGGCUUAAGUGAUGAUUGUUAAAUAUUGAUAAUAAAAAUUUGAAUUUC